AUGCUGCGAGUGAAGAACGUAUUCUGUAGGUACAGGAGCGGGAAGGGGGUUUCAGAGGCCCCGUGCAGUGCAGUUGAUAGAGUUAGAUGUGUGAGCACGCUUAACUCAGUCGGUUCAAUUGGUCCAAUUAACCAAGUCGGUUCGGUGGGUGAUCUUAAUGGGGCGAAGCGAGUGCGCCGCAUGAGCAGCGGGGAGGAGUUGGCAGCUGAUGUCUACGACACAGUCGUCAUAGGGGGGGGCGUGACUGGAACCGCCCUGCUCUUUCUCUUGUCAAAAUUUACAAGCCUAAAGAAGCUAGCCAUUAUAGAGAGGAGGAGCGACUUCGCUUUGGUUGCUUCGCAUGGAAAGAAUAACAGUCAGACUAUACACUGUGGAGAUAUAGAAACAAAUUACUCCUUCGAAAAGGCAAAGUUUAUAAAGCGCUAUGCGGAUAUGUUGAGGAAUUAUUUGUGUCAUCUUCCAGCUGAGAAGAGGGAGGAUAUUUCAAGUGUCACCCAAAAAAUGGUUCUCGGGGUAGGCGAGAAGGAAUGUAACUUCCUCGAACAAAGGUAUCCCGUAUUUAAAAAUCUUUUUAAGUCCAUGAAGCUUUACAACAAAAAUGAUAUACAUAGGGUAGAACCCAGAGUAGCUUUAAAAAAUGACAAGACACUUAGAGAGGAAAUGUUAUCAGCUUUGUACAUGCCACCAGAAUUAACGACUUGCGAUUAUCAGAAACUGUCGAGAAGUUUUGUUGAAUCGGCUAGAUCAAUGAAUAGUGUGAAUUCCAAGAAAAUUUCGAUAAACGUUAAUACGGAAGUUACAAACAUAGAAGAAGUGAAUGAUUCAUUAUAUAUAAUACAUACCAACAAAGGAAUUAUCAAAUCAAGGUUCGUUGUUGUUUGUGCAUGUGGGCACUCCCUAAUGAUUGCUCAAAAAAUGAAAUACGGAUUGGAAUAUAGUUGUCUUCCAGUGGCAGGAAGUUUCUAUUUUUCCGGUAAUAUACUUAAGGGAAAAGUGUAUACCAUACAGAACCCAGCUCUCCCAUUUGCUGCUGUACAUGGAGACCCCGAUAUUAUCGAAAAGGGGAAGACUCGUUUUGGACCCACUGCACUUCCAUUGCCAUUAUUGGAGAGAGAUAAUAUGAAAACAUUAGUCGACUUCCUAAAGGUUUGGAACCCUGAUUUCAAUCUUUUCCAUGUUUAUUUUAACCUUUUCAAAGAUCCAACAAUGUUAAAAUAUGUAUGUAGGAACUUCCUCUUCGAAAUUCCCAUCCUUAAUAAGUACUUAUUUUUGAAAGAUGUGAGAAAAAUUAUUCCUUCCUUGACGACUAGAGAUCUCACCUACUGUGUUGGCUAUGGUGGAGUCAGACCACAACUGAUAAAUAAAGUUAGCAAGAAACUUAUCCUUGGAGAGGGGAAAAUAGACUCUGGGAAGAAUAUUAUUUUUAACAUCACCCCCUCCCCUGGAGCCACCACCUGUUUAGGAAACGGAGAGUUUGACAUGAACACCAUAUGUGAGCGCCUCAAUGCCACUGUGGAUAAGAAUGCUGUGAAGAAAUUUCUCUAUCAGGGGGAAUAUCCCGUCGAUUAUUUGUAG